AUGUAGUUACCGGCCCAGCCCAUCUAAAAUGAACCCUAGUAUAGAAUGGCAAGUGAGGGCUUUUGUUAAUCAGCAACAAACAAGCAGUAUAUAUAUUGGUAUCUAGGGUUUUAGGUUUCUUCCUCAUUUCUCUGGUUUAUCGCAGUUGCGCCACUCAGAAGAGAAGAGAGGAGAACGAUGUCUCACAGAAAGUUUGAGCACCCAAGGCACGGUUCUCUCGGUUUCUUACCGAGGAAGAGGGCUGCCCGACACAGAGGCAAAGUGAAGGCCUUCCCCAAGGAUGACCCCAGCAAGCAACCACACCUUACUGCCUUCUUGGGCAACAAGGCUGGAAUGACCCACAUUGUGAGGGAGGUUGAAAAGCCAGGGUCAAAACUUCACAAGAAGGAGACUUGUGAGGCUGUUACAAUUAUUGAGACCCCUCCCUUGGUGGUGGUUGGUGUUGUUGGCUACGUGAAGACUCCUCGUGGCUUGCGUACAUUGAACACUGUAUGGGCUCAGCACUUGAGCGAGGAGAUCAGGAGAAGGUUCUACAAGAACUGGUGCAAGUCAAAGAAGAAGGCUUUCACCAAAUAUGCUAAGAAGUAUGACAGUGAGGAGGGCAAGAAAGAUAUUCAGUCUCAGCUUGAGAAAUUGAAGAAGUACUCAACUGUGAUUAGAGUCUUGGCUCACAAUCAGGUUAGGAAGAUGAAGGGUUUGAAGCAAAAGAAAGCUCAUAUUAUGGAAAUUCAGGUCAAUGGUGGAACUAUUGCCCAGAAGGUUGACUAUGCUUACGGUUUCUUUGAGAAGCUUAUUCCAAUCGAUGCUGUCUUCCAGAAGGAUGAGAUGAUUGACAUCAUUGGUGUGACCAAGGGUAAGGGUUAUGAAGGUGUUGUUACUCGUUGGGGUGUUACUCGUCUUCCCCGUAAGACUCACAGGGGUUUGCGUAAGGUUGCUUGUAUUGGUGCUUGGCAUCCUGCCAGAGUUUCGUACACUGUUGCAAGAGCUGGUCAGAAUGGUUACCAUCACCGUACUGAGAUGAACAAGAAAAUCUACAAGCUUGGUAAAUCUGGUCAGGAGUCUCACCAAGCAAUGACUGAGUUUGACAGGACCGAGAAGGAUAUCACUCCAAUGGGUGGUUUCCCUCAUUACGGUGUGGUGAAGGAUGAUUACAUUCUGAUCAAGGGUUGUUGUGUUGGUCCUAAAAAGAGAGUGGUGACUCUGAGGCAGUCUCUCCUCAAGCAGACAUCCCGUGUUGCUCUUGAGGAUAUCAAACUCAAGUUCAUCGAUACAUCCUCCAAGUUUGGCCAUGGUCGCUUCCAGACCACAUCCGAGAAACAGAAGUUCUACGGUCGUCUUAAGGCUUAAGUCUUUGUAUUGCAGUCUCUUUGAUGGUAGUUUUUCUCUAGUCUUUAUAUUCCCCCUGUUCGAGCUAUUUUUGCAGAGAUUUGAAGAGAGCUAUGUUGUCAACUAUACAUUUCUUUUUAAGUAUUUUUGGUUUUCUAUGGACCUCUGAAAUUUUGCUGUUAAUUAAUGAGCACUUCAUAGAUUGGUUCA